GAAUAUUUAUUGUGAUAUCAGAAAUUUCAAAUAAUAUAUCUUUAAUAGAUAAAUGAAUUUAAUCAAUAAUGUAGGAGACAUAGUUCAUACAAGGGUGGAUAGAUACAAUAAGAAAAGGAAAUAUAAUUAUUAGUUUUGACUUUUUAUUGGGAAAGAGUACUAAACCGAAACAUAUUUUUAUGAAGAAGACAAUAUAAUUUGGCAUGAGAAAUAGUAAAUGA